GAACGCAUCACUAUUUAGUAAGUUCGACUUCUGCCAACUUUUGUCGUGUAUUAUAAAACGUCCUUUUCUCUCACUUUUCCUCUCCUAUUCGCCAUUUUUUUCAUUCAAAGUGGCAUCCACCCGAAUCACGGACUUGGUUUGGAGUUUAUCGCGGUUGCAAGUUGACCGACUUGUGAGUCAACAACGAUGACGUCUGGGCGGUAAUUUCCUCUAUUUCACAUGUCGCCGCGGACUGAAGUGCGGUGAUUCGACAUGUAGCUUGUCACUCGUCGCCGCCGUCUUCUUGUACACAAAUGUCUCGAGACAAACGUUCGAAAAUGUCCAGAAAGUCGUCUGACUUCUCCCCGGCGAAUCAACUUUUACCCGGGCAGCGUUGGUGGCGUGCGGCCGCCGUCGGCGCGCUCUUGCUGAGCGUUUUAGCCUCGACGGUCUGGGCGGAGGAAGCAUCCUGCCACGGAGCCUACGACCUCUACUUCGUCCUGGACAAGUCGGGAAGCGUUGCCAACGACUGGUUUGAGAUCUACUCCUUUGUCCGCAAUCUGACCGACAGAUUUGUCAGUCCCAGGAUGAGAGUUUCCUUUAUCGUAUUCUCGGCCCAAGCUCACGUCCUCCUCCCGCUGACUGGCGAUCGGUACGAAAUCGAAGAAGGCCUGGAGAAGCUGCGUGCUGUCAAUCCGGCCGGCGAAACAUACAUGCACGAAGGCAUCAAAAAAGCCACGGAUCAGAUCCAGAAGCAAGGCGUCAAGUCGUCAAGCAUCAUCCUGGCGCUGACGGACGGGAAGCUGGAUGUGUUUGUUCAUGACUUCACUGUCAAACAGGCGGAGGAAGCACGGAAGUACGGCGCUCGAGUCUACUGCGUGGGGAUCAAGGACUUUGAUGAGCAGCAGCUCGUCGACAUCGCCGACACCAAGGACCAGGUGUUUCCUGUCAAAGAUGGCUUCCACGCGCUCAAAGGCAUUGUCAAUUCCAUUUUGAAGAGGUCCUGUACAGAGAUCCUGAGUGUGGAGCCCUCCAGUGUCUGCGUCAACGAGUCGUUCGACAUUGUUCUGCGGGGGAAUGGCUUCGCGUUGGGCCGCAGCAGCGAGAGUGUGGUGUGCAGCUUCAUCGUGGAUCAGCAAACCUUCAAUCACAAGCCGAGCGUCGUGCGUAACGACUACCUUCUCUGUCCGGCGCCCAAGCUCUACGAUGUGGGACAGAGCAUGGACGUGCUUAUCAGCUUAAACAACGGCAAGUCGUUCAUAUCCAGCGCGUAUACCAUCACCGCCUCCACUUGUUCCAACGGUCUGGUGGUGAUCAUCGUGUUCCUGGUGCUUCUGGCUUUGGUGGCUCUGGCUCUCAUGUGGUGGUUCUGGCCUCUCUGUUGCACUGUGGUCAUCAAAGACCCCCCGCCACCGCCGCCCCCAUCAAGACCGCCGCCACCGGAGCCCGAGCCGGCCGGCAAGAAGAAAUGGCCCACCGUGGACGCCUCCUACUACGGAGGAAGAGGAGCGGGAGGCAUCAAACGCAUGGAGGUGCGCUGGGGCGAGAAGGGCUCCACGGAAGAGGGCGCCCGUCUGGAGAAGGCCAAGAACGCCGUGGUGUCCAUGCCCGAGGAUGCCGAGGAACCCAUGGUCAAGCGGCCCUCAUCCAGGCCCGCCGCCGCCUCCUACCACGGCACGGACCGCAAGUGGUACACGCCCAUCAAGGGUCGUCUGGACGCUUUGUGGGCGCUGAUGCGACGGCAGUACGACCGAGUGUCCCUCAUGAGGCCCACCUCUGAUGAUAAGGGUCGCUGUGUAAAUUUCAGCCGCGUCCGGCGUUAGAGGACCACGCUGAUGACGUCCAGACGCCCGCCGCCACCUAUCAGAGAAGAAUUUCUCACAUUUUUUCCUGUAUUUAUUUUGACUUCAACAUUCUUCCAGCCCCUUUUACGAUGAUGAUUAUUGAAAUUUUUAUAUUUUCCCACAAUCAUUCACACUGAAUGCAACGCAAGCAUAUUGAAGGAAAACAAAAGAAGAGUUUGUCAGAACAAUCCCGGCGGGGCGUGGGGAGUCGGGCGGUAGUGGGUCAGGGGGCGGAUCCUCCUGCCAAUCCCGCUCAUCUUCCUCUCGGCGACGUCUCGUCAACGUGGAACUCGCCCAACCGUCCGUUUUUUUUUUUUUUUUGUGAUUUUUUUUUUUUUUUUUUUUUUCCCCUUAACACGUGACGGGUGGGCGACAAGACGGACGCCCCCGAGGUUUUCGGACCCCGGCGAGACUUUGCCGUUCCCAAGAUACCUUCCCGCCCGCCUGUCGUCAGGGAGUUAAUAGAGCGUAGCCCCCGCUCUGCCGCAGGGGGCCACGACCGUACCCGUCUUAUUAUUAGCCUUCUUUGUUUUUUUUUUUUUUGUUUUUUUUUCCCCAUCGUCCAAAAAUAAUUUCACGUCAUUUCAAAGAAAUGUUGCACUUUGUACAGAUUUUUGCCUUGAUAAAUUUUCGCCACCAAAGAUAUUGAAAUCUUGAAUGUAUUCGCUUUAGCACACUUGAAGUCAACUUCCACAUCCUUCAGUUGGCAACCAAAUGAGCAUGCGCUGUUAUUAUCGGAUAUUAUAAUCAGUGUUUGAAACUUUUUUUUUUU